CAACUGCAGAGGCGCUGUUCUCAUCUGAAGUGUAAGGAGUAUACUCAUUCACCUAACCGUCCGGGGAGGAGAUCUUUGUGCCGCGCCGCCUCGUACGCCCCAGCAAGGAGCCAGCAUGACCGUCGGCGGCGAGGCCACAGCCACAGGCAACGGGCAGACGGUGUGCGUGACCGGCGCCGGCGGCUACAUCGGGUCGUGGAUCGUCAAGCUCCUGCUCGAGAAGGGGUACGCCGUGCGAGGCACCGUCAGGAACCCCGAUGACGCCAAGAACGCGCACCUGAGGGGCCUCGCCGGCGCGGCGGAGCGUCUGGUGCUGUGCAAGGCCGACCUGCUCGACGGCGACGCGCUGCGCGCCGCCAUCGCCGGCUGCCAUGGCGUCUUCCACACCGCCUCGCCGAUUACCGACGAUCCAGAGGAGAUGGUGGAGCCGGCGGUGAGGGGCACGCGCUACGUCAUCGACGCCGCGGCGGAGUCCGGCACGGUCCGCCGCGUCGUGCUGACGUCGUCCAUCGGCGCCGUCGCCAUGGACCCCAGCCGCGGCCCGGACGCCGUCGUCGACGAGUCGUGCUGGAGCGACCUCGAGUUCUGCAAGAAGACCAAGAACUGGUACUGCUACGGGAAGACGGUGGCGGAGCGGGAGGCGUGGGAGGCGGCGGCGGCGCGCGGGGUGGACCUGGUGGUGGUGAACCCGGUGCUGGUGCAGGGCCCGGCGCUGCAGCCAGCGGUGAACGCCAGCCUGACGCACGUGCUCAAGUACCUGGACGGCUCCGCCAAGACGUACGCCAACGCCGUGCAGGCGUACGUGCACGUCCGGGACACCGCCGCCGCGCACGUCCUCGUCUUCGAGUCCCCCGCUGCCGCCGGCCGCUACCUCUGCGUGGCCGACGGCGCCGUGCUCCACCGGGAGGACGUCGUCACCAUCCUCCGCAAGUUCUUCCCCGAGUACCCCAUCCCCAGCAAGUGCUCUGACGAGGUGAACCCGAGGAAGCAGCCGUACAAGAUGUCGAACAAGCGGCUCCGUGAGCUGGGCCUCGAGUUCACGCCGGUGGCGCAGUGCCUCUACGACACCGUCGUCAGCUUCCAGGAGAAGGGCGUCCUCCCGGCCCCUCCCGCCUCGGCAAAGCCGGCCAUGAAAGAGACCAACUGACAGAGUAGUAAUACUUCUAGUAAUUACAAAGAAGCAUCCAUGGAUGAAUGAAAUCCUUCAGCUAUGCAUUGGCAUGCCAUUCUGAUUCUGGUGAUCCUACAGCCAGGAGCUAGGGCAUCCGACGGCUCGCAAAGACAGCCGUCGUCCCAAAAACAAACUAGGGAUAAGCAGAUACACUAGACAAAGCUCACGAAAGGAAUGGAUCCGAUGCCCAUGGCACUGUGAUUGGAGCAGUCGUGGCGGGUGGUAUGUGAGGAUGUCAGACCGCCUUGUCAAGCUUACCGUUGGAUUACUUUUUUCCAUGAAGAAUCAAAUUUAUUAAAAAAAAUACCAGAAAUACAAAGUGCAUCAAACAUAAUAAAAAUUACAUCGAGAUUCCUAGACCA